GGGAGUUGGGACUGAAUAUUCCGGCAUCAAUGCGCGAGGCGAUUAGUUGUCGUUUGGGCGAGUGAUCCGAUUCGGUUUUAUUUUCCUAUUCUUCUCAAAUCUAUUACUAUGCCGAACGUCGCUCCCUAUGCAGCCGCGACUGCUGUAGGAGUGAUAGGCGGCGCGUACUGCGCCUAUCGGCUGUAUCAGCAGUCGCAACACCGUAUCCCAGAGCAGUGGACCCAGGUCGGCACACUUAAGGACAUCUACGUGUACCCCGUCAAGUCCUGUCAACCGGUGAAAAUUGAACAAGUCGAGUGCACAAUUAUAGGGCUGAAGAAAGGAUGGCUGAGGGACAGGGUUUUAAUGGUGAUAGACGACGCAAACAACUUUAUUACGGCGAGAGCCUUUCCUGAACUUUAUUUAGUGAAACCUACAAUUAAUAAUUCCGUACUUACCCUAAGCCGCGAUGGAGCCGAUUCCAUAGAUGUGGAUUUAGCAGAGGUGAUCGCAAAUCAGAAAUCCAAAACUGCAACCGUUUGGGGAAUUGAAGUGCCGGUAUACGACUGUGGAGACGAUGCUAGUGCAUGGUUUACCAAAUUGAUCAAUCGUCCUUCAAGCACUUAUCGUCUGGCUUACUACGCCUCACAAAACUGUCGGGACCCUCCGAAGGAUCCCAGAGUAAAAGUUUUCAAAUUCACCAAAAAUGAUACGGGAGCAUUAGGCGACGACACGUCUUUCAACUUGAUAAACGAAGCAUCAGUACAAGACUUGAAUUCCCGCGUGGGGGAAUUGGAAAUCACCCCGCGUCAGUUCAGGCCCAACUUCGUGCUCUCCGGGGCAAAGCCUUACGACGAGGACAACUGGAAGUUCGUCAAGAUUGGCGAAAACGUAUUCGAAAUAGUUAUGCCAUGCACAAGAUGCGCCAUUACUACCAUGGACCCUGAAACUGGAGCGCGUCACCCCGAUAGUGAGCCGUUGAAAACUUUGAGAAGCUAUCGUUUAAUGGAAGGAGAGAAGAUGCGAAAGGUGAUGGGCACUUCUCCGCGUAUGGGCUUGCAGAUGUCGCUCCGGUCAGCCUCCGGUGGAACCAUCACACUAAAUGACCCCAUUUAUGUAGCAUAAGGGUAAAUGUAAAGAUAAAAUUGGAUAGUUCGCUGUGCAAAAUCAAUCCAAAGAUUUAACUUUUGUAUAGGACUUAAUUUCGCCCCUGAAACCAGUUUAAUUUUCAAUUAACUCUAUCGAAAAUUCAAAUAUGUAAUUACUUUAUAAUCAAUCCUAAUAAUAGGAAUAGUUAAUACUUCUUUUUAUGUAUCAAAAUAUUUCUCUAUUGUUCUGUACAUAGGCACAGUGUGCGCAUCGCUACUUACAUUCUUUUAUUAAGGCUGUUUUAGUGUCACGCGGACCGUCCGGUGCGGACCCGCUCCGCACGGCCAAUCCGCUCCCUAGCAGUACAUACAGAUCGGCUGUGCGGAGCGAUCCGCACUGACAGUCCGCGUGACACUGAAACCAGCCUAAAGCAUUAUUAGUCACGUGACCGAAUUAAAUAUAAAAGUUAGUCAAAGUAAACUUUUUACACUCGAAUUGAAUAUCUUAUCUGAUCAUAAGAAUUAGUUUUAAGCUCUGUCAAGGGUUGUUACAUUUUAGCUCAUAAUCUCUAAUAAAUAAAAGCGUUUUGUUGUGUAAA